AUGGAUUCGAAAACGGAGUACGCCAAGCAAAAUGAAGAGAAGCAUAAGAGGAAGAUUAUUCUUCCAAAUGAUAUUUCCUGGGAGUAUGGGUCGAACAAAUUUGCAACCCAGAAAGGAAAGCUCAAAAUAACUUCGACUAAAGAGCUAUCCGAAAGCAACGAUGGCGUGGUGCCUCAUUUAACAUGCCCGCCAUUGCAUUUCCCAUGCGCGUCCCAAGCCAAAUCCAAUGCCUUUGGGAAUAUUCGCGAACAAGUCACAAAAGUUGUGGAUAAUAAUGGCGAAGAGAGAAUUCAAAUUAACAAGAUCGUCAACGAUAAAAUGACUGAGACGAUAUUAAAGAAAUGGGAUCAACCGAACAAAAUCGCAAAAAACUCGGACAUUGGCGAGUUUAUCCUCUUUUUAUUUUUAAUCAGUUUUAAAUUUCAAAUUUAUUCAGGCAAGCGUAGAGACGCUCUUACAGAAACCUCAGGUGGCCGUCGGUUAGAAAAAAAAGAACAGAUAAAAUGCCUUGCCGCGAUUCCCCGAUUUCAUGAUCCUCGACAGACUAUGGCAGCGAAGGGAAUCUCUCCUGGACAGAGUUAUCAACCUGCCUGUCAAAAGGGGCGUCAAGCUACUAUGUCAAUUGAAGGGUUAAAUCGGACAACAGCUGAUCAAUUAGACAGCAAUCGCUACAUGGCCUGGCUAGGUGGACAGCUUACAUUGCAAUCUCAAUCGCAAACCGGGGGAUUUAAUAAAAACAGGGAUGUGGUUUCCAACAACUAUUAUUCGAAGGUUGAUCAAACACAAAUGGCAAAAGAACUUCGCGAGAAGUUGGGCAAUUUGAAAAUUGAAUCCGAAGAGCGGGAAGAAGAGCAAUUAAAGAAUAAUUGA